UUGGUAUCCAGGAAAUGGGACAGCAGUAUUAACAACAUGCACGAAGGCGUAUCUCUUCACGGAAAUGUGCAGCGGCAGGUUAUUAAUAUCUACUCGAUAGUGUGAAAACAGCGGCGGCCCCCGUUUGCCAGAAAGUAUCGCUGAAUUUAAAGGCUUUAAGAUGUCAAUGAAGAACAAUCGGCUUUAUGGGACAUUAGCAGGAUGAUUAACUCAGUGGUUUGGAUACUGAUAUUCAUGAAUCUCUGCUUAAAUGUUUUCAGUCAGCUGGAAGCGCCACAGAAUGUGAAGUUAAUUUCAGAAAACUUUAGGUAUAUUGUGACGUGGAAACCAGGAGCUGAGUCACCCCCAGAUACACGAUACACAGUUGAGGCCUGCAACUUGAAUGCUAAAGGGAUAUUCACUCCAGUGAAGAAAUGCACCAACAUUACAAAACUGUCGUGUGACCUAUCACAGAGGUUCAGGUCUUUUUCCAGCCUUUACUGGGUUCGUGUUAAGAGUGUCACAAACCAGACUGAAUCUACGUGGAUGGAAUCGAAUGAGCUUCUGCCCAACCGUGACACCAUCUUGGGUCCCCCAAUUAUUCAUGUGAAGAACAAUAUCCAAACCAUUGAAGUUAUGCUUGACAUGCCUCUGACACCACACAAGCAAGGAGAUAAUAAACUAAAGAUACUGAAGGAUAUUGAUCCACAUUUGAUUUAUAUUGUUAUUUUAUUUGACAAAAAUGGCAAACAUUAUAUGGAUGCUAAAAUAGAACCUGAUAAACUGGGGAAAGGAUAUUAUCUGUUUAAAAAUCUAAAACCCAACUUUACAUACUGUGUUGUAGCAAGGUUUGAAUCAUUACUUAACAUUCACUUAAAGGAUUCUAAAAAGAUUUGCUUAACUAUCUCACCCCAAAAUACAGAUAUAAUGUGGAUUGCACCCUUGAUAGCUGCAGCAGUUUUCAUUCUGGGUGUAAUAGGAGCUGGUUUUAUGAUCUGCAUACUGAAAGAAUUUACUUAUCUACACUUGGUCCAGACACCACUUCCCAAAUCUUUGGUCAUAAUUUCUCAGGAUUUGCAUGUGAAUCUGCAAUGCCAAGAACUUGAUGAAAAUCCAGAAGAUGAUCAUAUCUCAUUCAUUACACAGGAUGAUCACUCAAGUGAUUAUUACCGGAGAAGUCAGAGAGUAGAACUUGCAGCUUCAUUCACUGAUGAUAUGAAUGAACAUCUUUGUUACCAAAGUAAUGGCUUGAAGUGUGAGGGUUAUGAGUGUAACAGCCUAUUGCAAAGAAAAGAUAGUUGCUCAGACAGUGACAAUGUGAGACUUCCUUCCUCCUUACAACCACCUACAGAAAAUAAGGGUUGUGCAAACUAUACUCAAAACUUAAGUCCUGGAGACCCGGCAUCCUUUCAUUUACAAUACCAAAAGUUUUCAGGUGUACAAAAUACCAACAAAGCAAGCAGCAAUAAUAGCACUGAAGAGGCUGCAGCACCAGAAGCAGUACACCAUUUUGGUACAGUUCAGGAAAUUAAAAUGGAGAUCACAGACGUGGAGUUUUGGAACUGUUCCGAUGUUCCUUUAAGUUCAGUGAAACUUUCCAUCAAUGACAAUGCAGAGAAAGAUGAUUUGGAAGUUGACUCAUGUGCAGAUGGAACGUCUGAUCAUCUGAGUGAUGAUGGCUUGUGCACCUUAUCUACCUCUCAUUUGGCAGCAACUAUUAAUCCUCCUCAAAAUGACAUCCAGGUAUAUCAAGAACGAUCUAUAAAUCUACCUCAAUCUGCAGAUAACUGCAGCUUUCAGAACAUGAUUCCAAAUCUCUGCACUCAGAUUUAUGAACCAACAUGGAUGAAGCACUUUGGAUAUGAAGCACAAAACCUUAAGAAAAGUUGAGAUAUGUUGUUCAGAAUGAAGAUGAUCUGUGCCAUUUUGUUAUGUAUGCACUUUUCCCAUGAAAUUGUUCUGCUUUUAAAUCCAGUCCAAUAAGGACUCCU